UACAACACAAGACAGCCAACUAGACAGAGCAAAGUUUCGUUAACCAGCCAGACAGAAACAUUUGUGACAUCUGAAUACCACAGAGUCAACAAAAUGAACGUCCAAGACAGAAUUUACAUCCUCAGAUACUUUUUUCUGUUUUUCAAUGGUAUCUUCCUGAUUCUAGGAAUUGUUCUUCUGGGUUGUGGGGUGUGGAUUCUGUUUGAAAGCAACACUUUUAUUGCUACACUCCGCACUACUGAUGAAAAAAUUCUCUCAGUAGUAUUUGUAGCAUAUGUUCUUAUCGCUAUUGGGUUUGUCGCUGUACUGGUUUGCUUCAUGGGAUGCCUGGGGGCAUACAAGGAAAUCAGAUGUCUACUAAUAUUGUAUAUGGGAUGCCUGUUCAUAAUACUUGCUGCUCAGGUUUUUGUAACGUUUACAUUGUUAGCGAACAACGGUAAAAUUAAAACCUUCAUGGAUAAGAAGGUUACUGACAUGAUUAAGGAAUAUGGGAGUCCAUUUGGCACUGAUGAUGACAAAAAGGACUGGAAACUUCUGGAUGUAGUGCAGAAAAGUCUUAAAUGCUGUGGAAAAGUCAACUCAACUGACUGGCUAAGCAAUGACUAUACUAACAGCAGUGGUGUUUAUCCUUGUUCGUGCUUCAAUGGAACCAGUUCAGAUGAUAAGCUAUUUUGCAGUCUGUCACAAGAUGAAAGUGUCUAUGGCACGGCCUGUGGAGCAUUAAUAGAAGAGUGGCUGUCAAGCAACAUCUUGUCAAUUUUAGGCAUUGACUUUGGACUGGCUGUCGUACAGGUCUUACAGUUUGUAUUUGCACUGUAUUUGUUUAGAAAUAUUGGGAGAAGGCAUACAAUGUAACACAGGCGACUCAAGGACUGAUAAAGAAGAGAAGACUUUGGGAAUCAUGGCUCCAGGCCCUAUAUAACGGCAGCAUUAUUAUCUAUAAAGGCAGAGCUUUGGUCUAACUCCGUCAUAAGAGCUGAUUACAAUCCAACAUUAUACUGUACUUUGUCUCUGUAAACCACUGACUAAACUUUUUAUUAAAGCUAAACAGUGACUAUGACCUGCUUUUUAAUAAUAUCCGUAUUUCUUUUUAUCUAAAGGUAAUUUAUAAGGUAGUUCAAUUUAAAAGUUCCUGUAUCCAUUUCACAGUCCGACAGGCCUAUUAUUUUAAGUGUGAAAUAACAUUCAACUUUUUAAGUACAGUAUGUUUGUUGUUUAUUUGUCUGUUUUUAAAUUUAAAAUGGGGGUGGGGGGUGUUGGUAGUUAUUCUGUUUCAUUAAACUCAACUCAACUGAAAUAGCUUGUUGUAGUAUAUAUAUAUAUAUAUAUAUAUACCGACGACCUCCAGGCUAUAGGGCGCAUCCAGCACUCCAUGCGGAGUGCCUUUACCGGAUGCGCCACUCGGGAGCCCGUGUGAAUGUUUCUUAAGUGUUCUACGAACCGGUCUGCUAAACAGCUUUUAGUUUCCCUGAUAUACAAUUUGUUGCAUUUCUUGCAGAUAAUGCAGUAGACUAUUCCUUUAGAGGCACAUGUAAAAUGUUCAUGAAUGUUGAAUGAAGAUUUAGUGCCUGUAAUCUCUAUUUCAGAAUGAAUGUAUUUACAGGUAUUACAUCGUGGUCUAUUACAUGGAUAUGUGCCUUUCAACGGUUCCUCAGAAGGACGACUAUCACUGUGUACCACAUAUUCUCUUAUAUUCUUGUCUUGUCUCUUCUAUAUGACAUCAAGGGGGGAGUCUUGAAAAUAGGUACUGUAGAUGGGUCUUGUUGUAAAAUGUUAAAGUUUCUUUGCACAGUUGUCUGUAUGAAUUAUCUAUUUUGCAAAAAAACAAACUUUCCAAUUAUUAACCUAAGAAAUUGUACAAAGAAAACUACAUGACACAUUUUCUUGGUUAACGCUGAUGUAGUUUCUUUCAAAUAAAAUGCAAUUAUUGAUGUAUAUAAUUGAGAAAGAGGUGUGUUUGUUCCAAUGAUAAAAAAGCUUAUUGUUGUAAAUAGAUUCAAAUGGCACACUGAAAUGUUACAGGGAUAUACAUUUCUAAUAAAAUGUUUGGGGGAAGCAUCUAGUAUCAGUAUGCCAAGAACAGUCUGUAACAGUGAUAGUGAUGUACAGUGAUGGUGAUGUUCAGUGAUGGUGAUGUUCAGUGAUAGUGAUGUACAGUGACAGUGAUGUACAGUGAUAGAGAUGUACAGUGAUAAUGAUGUUCAGUGAUGGUGAUGUACAGUGAUAGUGAUGUACAGUGAUAGAGAUGUACAGUGACAGUGAUAGUGAUGUUCAGUGAUGGUGAUGUACAGUGAUAGUGAUGUACAGUGAUAGAGAUGUACAGUGACAGUGAUGUUGAUGUGCAGUGAUAGUGAUGUACAGUGACAGUGAUAGAGAUGUACAGUGACAGUGAUAUACAGUGAUAGAGAUGUACAGUGAUAGAGAUGUACAUUGACAGUGAUAUACAGUGAUAGGGAUGUACAGUGAUAGAGAUGUACAGUG